GGUUCGCAUAAAACUACAUUUAAACUGAUAAUGGCAGGUUUUAUCGUGUCCAUGCAUAACUUUUAAAGAUAUCAAUUGUCAUAACAGAUAUUGGAAGGUUAAAACUGUGUUACGAAAAAAUACAGAACAAUGACAGACGAAGAAGCCAUUGUCAAGGAGGUUUCCACCCGUAUCUCGAAAGAGUUAGAAAGGAAAGGGCACUCCAAACAUAAACUGGAAACAACAUCAUGGCUGGUGAACAUUCGAGAAAACGUAGGAAACAAAGAAAGGGGUACACAACCAUUGUUUCUUACCGGAAGUAAUGCUGAAGGUACAGACAUCACCGGAAGUGACCGAGACACAAUGGUUGUUUUCCCGAACUGUAUUAUUGUUGCAGACAACAAGGAGGCGGAAAUUCAACAGGACAAUAAUGUUUUCUUAAUGGUUCAAGAUGGUACAAGACCGUGUUACACAAAACUCCAAAUUUUACAUGAAAGCCGCAAUCAUGACAAGAACGAUUUAUUCCAGCGCCUUGGAGGAAAAGAGAAACUUUGUGUACUAGAUGAAAUGGGGAGAUAUUUUUUCUCAAGUGAAAUGUUCACCGAACAGGUAACACACCAUGUGUCGAGUCUAACACAGUCAUCCGACAACCACAUCGUUUCUUCUUUUCAUGUACAUGGACCUUGCGCUACGUUUGACAACAUUGUCGGAAAGACUCAAUUCGACACUGACUUUGCCUAUUGUAUUCCUUGCAAUAUUUUGCCGACAGAAGCCUAUGAUUUCAUUCGACGGAAUCGACAGUAUAACUGGCCUCCGGAGAACCUCAUCAGAAAACACUUGUCACAAGGGUGUCAUGUCGUUUCCGUCGGAGACAAGGCUUCCCCAGCACAUUCUGUUGAAUGGCGGAUAUCGUUUGCUUUGUUAGAGCGGGAGCUAGUUUGGGGUUUAAACGAUACACAAUGUAAAUGCUAUAUUAUUCUAAAGAUGCUGUUAAAAAUGUACUUAGACAAGCUUGCUCCGGACGAACUGAGUUCGUUUGCUCUUAAAACUGUUAUUUUCUGGUGCGCGGAAACCGAAGGUCCCUCUCUUUGGAAAGAAGAAAACUUGUUAUGUUGCGUCUUCCAUUGCCUUUCAAAACUGCAGUCCUAUGUAGCCGAGAAAAAUCUACCACAUUUCAUUGUUCCCGGAAACAAUUUAUUAGCCACAAAGUUUGAAGAUGCUGAAACGCGUGCAAAGGUAACAGAACAACUGUCUGAGAUGACUAAAUGGCAUUGGAGUAAAUUACUACAGUGCCCAGCUCUUUCAGAACUAAAAUUACAGUGGGACGAGUUGGAUCAUGAUGUGAAAUUGUUUCUGCGUUGUUCACGACACCCGAAUAUAUCAGUUCUAUUUUAUCGAGAUAUCGUAACAUUUAGAGGGUGUCAGUCACUUUAUAUGGAUAUAAACAGUUACUUAGCAACAACAGAUAAUCUACAGAAUAUGCUACAGUCAUUCAAAAGUACAAAAGUCGACGAAAGAGGAAGAGACGUAUUAGAAUUCGGAAGCAAUGCCCUUUCAUUUAAAAUGGAGCACAUCCAACGUAAGACACAUGAUGUCAAAGCUGUAGCUGUCAAAGAUACAUGUGAAGCAACUGUUUCAGCCGCUGACCAGGUCGAGAGGACACUUUAUGAGCGCGUGACUGUCUCAGAACACACUGGUAACAUUUUGCCGUGCAAAAGUCAAUCAGUUGAACGAUCGCUGCUUUCAGAAUACAUACACAAUCAACAAGAAUUUAGUGCGAGACGGACGGUCAACAGUCCUGACGUUUGCACAGGAGAUUUGCAAGCCGCUCUAAACUUCCUUCUUUGCCGCAGGUUUGAGAAAGCUGAAGAGAUCCUUCGGAAAGUCCUGGCUGCCUAUCAACCACAUGUUGUAUAUUUAGGAAUGUGUGGACCGGAAGAGGCCGACAUGAUAGAAUACGCUUGUUACACUUCAACGUCUGGAGAGUUGUCUCUCUUUGACAAGGUUCGGAAACUUCUUGCGUUUGACUUUACUAUUUGUAAGCGAGAUCAUGUCACGCCUUUUCUUCAACAAGAACAGCUGUUUUGGAAUGAAGAUGCUGUUCCAGUAUGCAUACAUCCUAGAAUAAUGACGUACUAUUUAUAUUUCUUGUCGGCAUUAGGUCAAGGACAAGAAGGAAGGGCCUUUGGUUGUCUUUUUGCUCUGUCGAUGAAUGUGAAUUCAAUGUGCAAGAACACAAACUUGUAUUCGUACAUUGCGUGGAACAUUCUUGGCCAGUGUUUUUUCUUGAUGAAGGAAUAUAGCCAAGCAUUGCGGGCAUUUUGCAAUUCCCUGAAGUCUAAACCUUUCCACAAUCCUGCUUUGUACUAUAUAGGGCAGUGCUGAACCUUUGAUGUAAUAGUGUUAACCCUUACCCUGCUAAAUUUCCAUAAUGAACUUGUCCAUCUUCCAAUUUAAACAGUACCAUUAACUGUUAAAAGGGGUGUUUACCAAAAACGAUACUGACGGAAUGGCGCGCGGAUGUGCAGUCUGAUCUUGGUCUGCACAGGUCACAAAGGCAGAAUCACUUGCCAGGAGACAAACUAAGGGUUAAAAUUACAAACCAUUUAACAGUGAGUUACGCGAAAAACGGAAAAAGGUACCUGUGAGACUUUGCUGAUUUGGGAGCCAUCACAGUAUAGUUUAUACUGCACCAAGCAGGAGUAAAAAUGUUCUUUUCACAUCUCAUUUGGAAUGAAAAAUCAAACUUGAGUAUAAAU